CAACACGAUUGCCCUAGCCCGAGCGAAGCGCCGGGAAAAACCUGAAUCGGAAGCGACAGAUGUCGAUUGCGGAUGAGGAUCCGAAGGAGGCCAACGUCAACGCAGAUGCCGCGAAAGGCAAGGCAGAAGACCGCUGGCCAUCCGUGCUGCUGCUGACAGGUGCCUGGGCUUGCGCCAUGAGCGUCUUCGCCUCGGCGGUGGUCACGCUGUCCCUGGCGGCCUCGCCGGUGGCGCCGCCGGGCGCGGAAACUUUGCCGCUGGCGCUGGCGCUGGUCUUUCAAGGCGUGGCAAAUUUGGUGCUGCCCGCCGAGAAGCGAUGCCUCGGCUUAAAGGGCGCCUAUGUACUGGGCGCGGUGAUUGGCUUUUUGGGUUGCGGCCUGGUUGGCCUCGGCUGCUGGGUGCAGCAGUUCGGUCUGCAGCUUUUCGGCGCCGCCUGCAUGGGCUUUAGCUUGGCCCACGCGCAGAACUACCGCUUCAGCGCGGUGCUGAUGCUGCCUUCAAAUCCGCCCAAGGCCAUCGGCGUGGUGCUCUUCGGGGGCGUGGUGGGCUCCAUGACGGGCUCCGCCGGAUUCACGCAGGCAAAGCACAUGCUGCCAGUGGAGUUCGCAGGAAUCUACGUGCUGGGAGCUGGCGCCCACACCGUGGCUUUGGUGAUCCUGGCGUGCAUGUCCUUCCCGCCGGUGCCGGGCAGCACCGGCGACAAGGCCCGGAGUUUGGGGCAGCUGCUGCGGCAGCCGCGGUGCGCGGCCGCGGUGCUGGCGAUGGCCUCGUCCUACGGCAUGAUGCUGGUGCUGAUGGCGCCCUCCCCGGUUGUGAUGCAAAGGUUCUACUCCAUCCCGUAUGUGCCUAACACGCUGGCGAUGAUGGGCCACAUGGCGUGCAUGUUCUCGCCCUCACUGAUCACUGGUUCAGCUGUCAACCGCUAUGGGCCCAUGAAGGUGAUUAUGCUGGGGGUGCUGCUGGGCUUCAGCUGUGCGCUGCUGCUCUGGUGCUUUGGUCUUUUGCGCUGGGCCUGGCUCUGCUGGGCCUCUGCUGGAACUUCAUGUUCCUGGGAGGCACCGCGAUGCUGGGCAGCACCCACGAAGCCUCGGAGGCGCUGAAGCUGCAGGCGGUUGCUGACCUCAUUGUCUUCCUCACCGCGGCGGCUGCCUCGCUGGCGUCCAUGCCGCUGGUUCUUGCCAUGGGCUGGCGCCAGCUGCAGCUCGCGGUGAUGGGCUUGGCGGUCACCACUGCGCUGGUGCUGGCAGUGUUGCAGGUUCUGGACAAGAAGUAGGCGCUUCUGGCGCCUUCCGAGAUCUUUGACGGGUCGGUUCCGCAGAAUCCGCUGAUGAGAAACUUGUUGCCUCAGGCUAAUGCGCCUUCCUCUCCCACCAAAGGUGGGGCCGAGGUGCGCAGUGCGCUCCUCAAGGUGUCUUGCAGGUUGUCUCAAAUUAAACCGGGACAGGACAUUUGAAGCCUGUUGUUGGAGGGUUGAAGAGGGUUGCGACUGCUGAGUC